AUGCCCAACCAUGCCAUCCCAUAUAACAGCUGCUACCGUACUCGAAACAGUACGAAAACUGGCAUUCGAAAAGACGAAAUCCAUAUUGUUUCUAACGAUGUACACUUAAGCGACGAUAUGCAAAUUAAACUAGUGGAAAGUUUGAAGACAAUCUUGGGCGACUACUUGUACCAGCCAAAGUUCGACAAAACUGAUUGGACUGAUCCAACGGAUGUGCCUACUCCUGCUCAUUUCUUGAAUAAGGUAAGGGUUUGAGGUGGUUUUAAGGGUAGGAAAUUGAGGUUUAAGUAAAAAAAUUUUAAAUCUUAUUUUAUGUAUUAAAAUGGCAAGAAUUUAUAUUUUUAGGUAAAAAUUUGA